AUGCCAUCCCCUCUUCCUCUUAGUCGUCUUCUUCAUCUGGAAUUUUCUCCUACUGUGAAUGCACGACCUUGCAGUAGUCCCCUGCUGUUUCCUACCAAAGGUGAAAAGCUCUUUUGGGGGGAAGGUCUUUCUCCAAGGGCUCGUCGGCUACCCCCUCGUCUAGCUUGGUGUACUAUAGACUGGGAUCAGUUGCGUCUGUUGCAACCCCUAGGCUCUGGUGGCUUUGGUUCUGUCUACAAGGCCAUUUACCAUGGAGCUACAGUGGCUGUAAAGCAGGUGAAGAAAUGCAGUAAGAAUCAUUUGGCAUCAAGGCAGAGCUUCUGGGCAGAACUAAAUGUGGCAUGUCUUGACCACAACAAUGUGGUGCAUGUAAUAGCUGCCAGCACAUGUACCCCUGCCAAUCAGGAUAGUUUGGGCACUAUAAUAAUGGAAUAUGUAGCUAACAGCACUCUGCACCAUGUUAUCUAUGGGACUGGCAGUAUGACAGCAAAAAGGAAGAAUGAUGGAUGUGGCCAUAUGAGUUUGAGCAUAGCUCAGGCUCUGAAUUACUCCUGUGACAUUGUGGCAGGCUUAAUCUUCCUUCACUCCCAGUUGAUUGUGCAUCUGGAUUUAAAACCUGCUAACAUAUUCAUCACAGAACAAAAUGUUUGCAAGAUUGGAGACUUUGGAUGCUCCCAAAAGCUAGAGGAUGCUGCAUUAUCAGGCCUACAACGUUGUCAACAAGGUGGAACAUACACCCACCGUGCUCCUGAACUUCUUAAAGGUGAGAGAGUUACUCCCAAGGCAGACAUUUACUCUUUUGCCAUCACCUUGUGGCAAAUGGUUACACAACAAGAGCCUUAUGUGGGUGAGCGCCAGUAUAUACUCUACUCUGUGGUAGCUAAUAACCUGCGCCCAUCUCUGACUGCAGCUGUGUUUAGAGAAUCAGUCACUGGCCAACGACUUGAGAACACAAUUGGAAGCUGUUGGAGAGCUGAUGUAGCACAGCGUCCUAGUGCAGAACUUCUCUUCGAUGAUCUUCACUCCCUGUCCCUAAUAGUAUAA